AUGGAGACAAUCCAUUUUAUUCGUUAUUUACUGAAGCUGGCCGAGAGCUUACUGCAAUCACUUAUUGUUGGCACUCUCGCCGCGGCCGCGCUUUAUCUUGUCGGCAAUGAGAUCGUACGGAGUCGGUCUCGAAUUCCGGGAUUGAAGGGUCCGAGGGGUUGGCCAAUUGUAGGGAAUCUAACCGAGAUAUGGUCGAACGCGGCGAUCAAGUAUCAAGAAUGGGCUAAGGAGUAUGGCGACGUUUACCAAGUUAUGUUAGGGAAUAAUCGCGUGGUCGUGGUGAAUGGUGCCCAAGCCGCAAAGACAAUAUUUAGUUCCAACUCGCAAGCUCUCAGUUCUCGGCCGAUAACUUAUACGUUUCAUAAGGUAGCGUCUACCACUGCCGGCUUGACGAUCGGCACCUCACCCUAUGACGAUAGCUUGAAGCGGAAGAAGAAGGCAGCGGCCGUGGCACUCAAUCGCCCGGCCAUCCAGACUUAUAUCCCAUACCUAGAUCUUGAGACGAAGGCAUUUCUUCAAGACCUUUUCAACUAUGGCAAGGCAGGGACGCUCGCCAUUGAUCCACUUCCCAUGAUUCAACGGCUGAGCCUCUCACUAGUGAUGACAAUCAACUGGGGCGUGCGAAUUCCUUCUAUUGAAGAUGAACUAUUCAAGGAGAUCGUGCAGGUCGAAGAGGAACUGAACAAGACUAGAUCUACCGUCGGCAAUCCUCAAGACCACAUUCCACUCCUACGCUUGAACCCAAGGAACAAGGCCUUCGUCAAAGCACGCGAAUUACGGCGGCGUCGCGAUAAAUACCUAUCCAAGCUGAACGGAGAUCUCAAGGAACAAGUGGCCAAAGGUACUAACAAGCCCUGCAUCCAAGCGAGCGUGAUCAAGUACAAGGAGGUCGAGCUCAACGACGUCGAGCUCGCUUCCUUCAGCUUAUCCAUCACGUCCGGCGGAUUCGAAACGGUUUCAACUACGGUGCAGUGGUCGCUUGCAUAUUUUGCUCAGAAUCCCCACGUACAGGAUAAGGCGUAUGAGGAGAUACAGCGUUUUCAGGGGUCCAAUGAGCCGUUGUGCGACGCGGCCGAUGACCAGAAGUGCGCUUAUGUGCUUGCGCUCGCAAAAGAAGCACUUAGGAUCUACUCAGUAGUUCCCCUGUCGCUACCGAGGGAAACUAUCAAGGAUAUUCAGUAUGAGGGUGUUACGAUUCCGGCUAAAAGCACGGUAUACUUGAAUGCGUGGGCAUGUAAUCAUGAUCCCAAACUAUGGACCAACCCCGACGAAUUCAUUCCCGAACGAUGGCUAGAGAAGCCAGAUGCACCCAUCUUCACUUUUGGGUUAGGAUAUCGGAUGUGCGCGGCACAUAUCCUUGCAACACGCGAGCUAUACAUCAUAUUCAUGAGAUUGCUGAGUAGCUUCCGCUUGGAGGCCCCCGAAGAGAUCCGAUGCGAUCCCAGCGUAGAUAUGAAGAACCCGAAAGAUCUGAUAAUGGUGCCGAAGCCAUAUCGUGUGUUCUGCAAGCCAAGAGACGAAGCAAGGCUUAGACAAGCUUUGGACGUAUCUGAGUGAGGAAACGAUAGAUGACUUAUAACUUUUCAAAAUCUGAUAGCGACCUGUCAAUAUCCUGUCUUUGUACAUACUUUUGGAAGAGAAAAUUCGUUCCAACAACUUCCAAUGAUCAUCAUAACUACCUAACGACAUCUGAAACCCAUGAAAGGAACGUAAGGCUUUGCCGCAAGCUGGAAGUAAACUAGAAAUUUCAUGUUUCCAAUACUCGUUACAGGUCACUUAGGACAUGUUCUACAGACUGUAGUAGAUUCUACACACUUUGCCGAGGGAAGUGUCUUUCCCGUCUUUAUCGAGCACUGAGUCACAUUGAGAUCUAAGGCAGAAGCGAGAUUUGAUCAAUAUCUCUUGGUUUCUGUCUUCCUC